AUGCUGUCAAUAGUUUACAAUAUGCUUACAACGGCAGGUUCUCCUAUCACCACCAUACAACCAUCAACAUGGAGGACACAAAUCAGUGGAGUUAUGGGUUCAACAUCAUUAGCAUGUUGGAUAGUUUUAUUAAUGCCCCAAUUAAUCGAACAAUGGAGAUUAAAAUCAGCUGAAGGAAUAGCUAUUGGGUUUAUUACUAUUUGGUUUAUGGGAGAUAUUUUCAAUUUAAUUGGAGCAUUGUGGGCAAAAUUAUUACCCGAAGUGAUUUUUUUAGCCGUUUGGUUUUGUAUUGCUGAUUUUUUAAUGAUAUUUUCUUAUGUUUAUUAUACCAAGAUAUAUCCUAAACAUCAUCAUCAACAUCACCACCACGAGCAUGGGCAAGGAGAUAAUGAAGAAAACCACCACCACCACCAUCAUCAUCACCAUAAUAAGAGAAAAAGUAGAGGAAAUGAUAAUGAAUCUAGUCCAUUAUUAAAUACUACUAGAAGUAGAAGUAGUAGUACUGGCCAUGGAGAUAGUACUCACAAAAGAACAAGAAGAAGAAGUAGUACAUUAACUGAUAUUGCUUUAGAACCAGAAUAUCAUUCAAUUUUUAUUAAAUAUAUUUUACCAAUUUUAUUUGUUAUUGGAUGUGGAACAUUAGGAUUUUUCAUCAGUGGUACUUCAGGUGAAAACAACUCCCCCGAUGAUAACACUCCACCUUCUCCUCCUCCUAGUGAUGAUAUUAUUGCUAUUGGACCACAAGUUAUGGGGUAUUGCAGUGCCUUAUUAUAUUUGGGUGCAAGAAUUCCCCAAAUUAUUCAAAAUCAUCAACGUAAAAGUGUUCAUGGAUUAAGUUUAUUAUUUUUCCUUUUUUCAACAUUAGGUAAUUUAACUUAUGCUGGACAAAUUUUAUUUUAUCGUAAUGAUUCUCAAUAUAUUUUAUUAAAUUUAAGUUGGUUAUUAGGUUCAUUAGGAACAAUUUUUGAAGAUUCAUUGAUUUUCUUACAAUUUUAUAUGUAUCGUGAUAAUAACAAGGACGAAGCAACUGUUGAAUAA